AUGGCGAUGAGGCUACUUACUUUCUUCACCUUCUUGGUUGCGCCUGCAUUAUUUAUAUCACUAUUGGUCAUACCUCAUACAAUUCAAGCUUCGUACAUUGGAUUAGAUGGCCUCUUCUUUUCAUAUAUUAAAGAAGAUGAUCAAAUAUUUGCAUUAUACUCAAACUCAACUUUUGCAAAUAAUCUUGAUCAUUACACUUGGUAUACUCAACUAGUAAAAUCUACUAGUGGAGAAUUACUUGGAGAAGCCAAUAUCACAAAACCACUCGAUAUAGUCAAUGAGACAUGGUUCAAAAAUGCAAUGGAUAGCCAAAAUGGUUAUGCAUCGUUAGGGUCUCGAUGGAGUGCUAACGAUGGAAAAGAAUCGUCAAGUCUAUUCUUAGACACCGUGAGGCUAGGUAAAGCUGGAGCUAUCUCUCUUGGUUUUUCUAGUGAAGUAAUAACAACGCUCUUCUCUAGUACAAAUCUUUUGGGUGCAAGCUUGUACAUGGCAACCCUUGGUGGUGACAAGGUACUAAUGGAUGGUAUAAAAGACGUCGACAUCAAAAUUAAGAAUGGUAAAGCUUUGGUGCUAGGUAGCCACCAAACUUAUAAUAUUGGUGAAAUUUCAUGCAAUAAUCCCAACAACAAUGGUGAUACUAAAACUGGUGGUACCGCCUUAGACAUUGGAGGAGCCAAUUACAUAUUCUAUUGCUUGUCGAUUGAUACUGCCAGGGUGCCAAUGGUAUAUGUAUUGGCUUAUCCAAGCAAUAGAUUACUUAUCAAUGUCCUCGAGCACAUGAAGAUGGAGUUGAUACCUAUAAUAAUUAUCUUGUGGGUUGGCAUGUUUGCGUUUGUCACGUUGCUUGUUAAAGCGGAAAGGAGGGAAGUGCAAUUGUGUGUAGCAUACAUGAGGGAAAUGGAGAAAACUACACAGGCCGAGAGAAAGAGCAUAAAGCAAAGUUUGGCCUUUGCGAGUGCUAACCAUGAUGUUCGCGGCUAUUUAGCUUGCAUCAAGGGCUUGACCGAACUCUCUGCUACUGAUCUUCAUCCCUCUUCUCAAGUUGCUUCUAACUUGAGGAAGAUAGAUACUUGUGUUGAGGAUCUUUUAGCAUUAGUGAAUUCCAUCCUAGAUUUCAGCAAGAUAGAAGCAGGAAAAAUGAAAUUGGAGGAGAAUGAGUUCAGUUUAGCACAACUUCUUGAAGAUGUAGCUGAUUUACACCACCCGGUUGCUAUGAAAAAGGGAGUAGAGGUGAUCCUAGACCCUUGUGAUGGUUCCAUCUUCAAGCACUCCCAAGUAAGAGGUGACCGCGGCAAGCUCAAACAGAUUCUUGGCAACUUGCUGAGUAAUGCAGUCAAGUUCACUUCGCAAGGGAACAUUUGUAUCAAGUGUCAAGCAAAGAAGCUGAGCUUUGAGACCACUAUCAUUGCUUCAAACAGGAACAACUUGCUAAACAGGUUGUCGCGCUUCUUCCAUGAGAAUGAACGUGCAUAUAAUGAUCUCGAAAACAUGAAGACAAUCAAGCAAGAUUCAAACUGCAUGGAGUUUGUGUUUAUGGUGGAAGAUACAGGUCCUGGGAUCCCUAAGGACAAGCGUCGUUUGAUCAUUGAGAACUUUGUUCAAGUCAAAGACAACUCUGCUGGGCAAGAUGGCACUGGCUUGGGACUAGGCAUUGUCCAAUCUUUGGUAAGAUUGAUGGGGGGAGACAUAGAAAUCGUGGACAAAGCUAAUGGCGAGCAAGGGACAUGCUUCAAAUUCAACAUCUUUUUCAUAGUACAAGAGGAAUGUUCGGAUAACCCGAGGCAAGAAUUGACAGAGCAUAGGGACAUCAAUUCAGGCUCAGGGUUAAGCACAUGUAUUCGUAGCCCUAGAGGUGAAAAGUCUUUAGUGAUUCUCUUAAUCAAGAAUGAUACGCGAAGAGGAAUGAUCCAUAGAUACAUGAAGAGCCUCAGAGUAAACUUGAAGGUCCUAAGCCAAGGAAAGCAACUCUCUCCAACUCUUAAGAAGGUCAAAUCUAUGCUCAUUGAGCCUCAAUAUUACAACUCAUCGUCAGGGAGGUCAGCCACGAGCCCUCCUCAUGGAACCUACUUGAGUAGCAGCUCUGAGCGCAGUGGUAGAGGUUGGUCAAAACUGCUUCCUCUUAAUAUGAUGGAUGGUACCAAUGAGGUCCUUCCGGUGUACAAAAGGUCCACUAUUCGAGGGUCAGUGAAAUGCAUACUACUUGUAAUAGAUUGCAAUGCAGGGGAUGAUUUUCAGAAAAUGCAGAGAUCAGUGUCUGAAUUCAGAAAGGACUUAUACAUGACCUGCAUCAAGGUGGUUUGGCUCGACAGGCCAGACACCCGUAGGGCUCAUUUCCAAGGCUUACAAGAUGAGAGUCUCCCUUCAACAGAUCUUAUCAUUUCGGAACUUCUUCAUGGGUCACGCUUAUCAAAGAUUAUAAGGCUUCUCCCUGAAUUUGGGGGUGAUUCUAUAAGAUCUCCUGCUUAUGGAAGAUCAAAGAGAUCCAACACUCGUGUUGCAGUUUUAUUUACACAAUCAGAAACUGAAGAAGAUAUAGGUGAGUCAUCUAGUGGUGGGGAGAUCAAGCCAGCAAGGAGUAGACGAAGUUUGAAACUUACUAAUGGUAGUGAAAACUAUGUUCAGAAGCCAGAAGUCCCACAAGUUCUAAGGAGCUCUAGCAGUGAAAAGUCCACGUCGAUGACUAAAACUACUCAAAUAGGAGAAAUACAAGAAGUUCCAAGGGAUGCAGAGAUCAAGGAAUCUCCUUUGGAAGGAAAGAAGAUAUUGAUUGUUGAAGAUCAUUUGUUACAAAGAAAACUCGCUGAAACAUGUGUUAUGCGCUUAGGAGCUGAAACUCAGUCAUGUGAAAAUGGCAAAGAAGCUAUUGAGGUAGUUUGCAAAGCAUUGAGCAACCAGCCAAGUGGAGAACCCUCUAAGUUUCCAUAUGAUUUUAUAAUCAUGGACUGUGAGAUGCCAGUGAUGACUGGCUUUGAAGCAACACAGAAAAUCCGCGAAGAAGAGAAGAAGUACGGACUACACAUUCCGAUUAUUGCACUGUCAGCUCAUGAGGUGGAUGGAGAAGAAGGCAGGAAGAUUGCUGAGGCUGGAAUGGAUUCCCACCUAACAAAGCCACUCCGUCGUGAAGAGCUUCUUAAAUCAGAUCGGUUCUAUAAUGUUCUGAAGGGUCAUGGGGCUCUUUCCCGCCUCAUAAAUCAGUCUCAAGGGUCACAUGGCUCUUUGCCGCUAAGUGAUUUCUGUGACUGGUGGUGGUGUUGCAGAGGUGAAAGAAACAUAGAAUGGAGACUACGCUUUUCCAAGAUCGUUGCUAUGGAAACUACAUUCAACAGCUAUAUAAGAUAA